AUGUCCUCCACCCACGAGGCGUUCAGCCUUCCCACCUCAUCACCCGGCUUUCACCCCCAUCCAGACGCAUUCAACGGAGACUCAUUAAGCACGCCGACGUCUGCUAACUCCUCGUAUUCAUACCCACCACAGACGUCCCCCGGCAUAUAUGACAUCGUUCCUAAUAUCUCACGUUCCAGGCAAUCAUCAUCAAUCCUUCCUCUUCAUAGCGCGUCCCUUCCACCACUACCACCUUACCCUCCCUUGGCUGAUACCUGGAAUCGGCUACGCACGUGGCUUUCCAGAGAAUACCCCGAACUAGGUGACACCCUCAAUUACGGUAUCUUGCCCCAGGACCUAGCGCAGAUUGAGAUGUCAUUUGGUUUCGCGCUUCCGCCAACAGUUCGCGAAUCUUAUCUCUGUGUGGACGGCCAAGAGGCCGAAUCCGCCGCAGGAUGUUCAGAAGGUCUCUUCUUUGGGUUGACUCUGUUACCUUUGGAGGAUGUUCUGGAGGAGUGGAGGUUCUGGAGAGAAGUCGACGAAGACCCAGCUACUGGCGCAAACGAGCAACUACGGCAGGUCAUGCAGUCGAUACCCUCAGGCUGGGUUAGGAAGGAGUACUCGUCGCGAGGAUGGAUCCCACUUGUCGCAGACAAAGCGGGUAAUUACCUUGGCGUGGACAUGCAUCCUGGAGAAGGCGGCACGGUAGGUCAAGUAAUCGUCUUCGGACGUGACUUUGAUACCAAGGUAGUAAUGUGGAGAGGUGACGGUGCGGGCGGCUGGGCGAAGUGGCUGGCGCACUUCGUAGACGAGCUGGAAAGCGGGGAGGGUUACGAGCUCGGUUCCAGCAGCGACGGAAGUGAGGGUAGCGAAGAUUCUGUUGGCUAUGAAAGCUACUUCUUCGACGGUAUCGGUGGCGGUCAGGGUGAUGGGGGAGGCGAUGCGGGCACUGGAGGUCUGCGUUUGACUGGAGAGUACAAAGGGUGGAACGUUCUGGAAGCUUGGGCAGAUCGCAGUGUACGGAGGUGGCAAGAUGCUGGAUUAAUAGCAUCGGAUCCACCACUGUUACCAUCGGGGAAGGGCAAGGUUGGGCCUGAUACACUCUCGCUUGACCGUCUACAGAUCGCUGCUUCCGCGAGCUCUGCGGCAGAGGUACCUAUUCCUGUCCUCUCCGAGACCGAGGAAGAAACAUCAGCGCUCGCAACCCCGCUCGGUAAUGCGACAAACAAGAGUCAUUACGCGCCUCGACAACCGAUACCUACGAUUUCGGUCACAAAGCCUCCAGCUCCAUUACCCGUGGAUCUCCCCACUCCGACUCUUAUUGACCCGAUGUCAUCUAUACCGGGCACUUCUGACUUGGAAGCAGGCGGAGACGUGAUCAUGCCGGAGAUUGUUGAAGACCUUCAUAGUACCUCUGCUUCACGACCGGAAGCUUCAAGACAGUCCACCGCUUCCACGAUUGUGCCAUUUACACCGGCGAGCAGAUCUUUAACCGACUCCCCCGAGCCAAUGGUGCCCAGUCAGCCUGCUACUGCUGCUGUACCGGCCAUCGACUUACUCGCUAACUCCGCACCGACGUUGCAAGGUGCCUUUGAUCAACCACUGAACCCGUCAACCGACACAUCUCCCGAUCAUUCUACCAAGUCUGAGGAGGAUUCCCCCGUAAUUGUGAACGCAGAAGAUGCCCGGGCGCAGAGUCCUGACCUGCCCAUCAAACUCGUGGGCGGGGGUGGCAUCUCGGGUGUCAUUGACGAGUUGUCACAGAGCGAUGUGGUGCUCGUAGAUGAGUCAGAGGCUGAAGUUGCAUCCUCCCAUCCAAAUGACUCUACGGCAGCCUCAAGCAGUAAACACGAGAAAAAGAAGAGCAUAUCUUCCGGUCUGAAGAAGAUCGGUCAGCUUGGAGGCAAGCGGAAGAAGGACUCUGUUUCGUCGUCGAAGGGAAGUGGUUGA